AUGAAGGGCCAAAAGAAGGAUGCAGGCUCGUCUGCGGGCCGCAUCGCUGAUGCGCGAUUCGCAAGCUUUGAAACCGACCCCCGUUUCCGCCUGCCGUCCAAAAAGCGAACAAAGACGACCCUCGACAAGCGCUUCGCUGGCAUGCUCGAUGAUGACGAGUUCACCGCGACCGCUCGGGUGGACCGUUACGGGCGCAAGAUCAAAUCGGAUGCGAAGAAGAAGGCCCUCCAGCGGUUAUACCAGGCCGAGGACGACGAAGAAAAGGAUCAAGACUCGGAUGGUUCUGCUGAUGAAGAGGUCGACGAUGACGAGGUCGUCCAGCGGGAGCUGAGAAAGGCGCACGAAGAGUCGAAUCAAAAGAAGCACGACCCUGCGAGAGAUGGCGGCUUCUCCUCGUCCGAGUCAGACUCCGACUCGGACGAUUCGGAGGAGGAGGAAGUGGCAGCCGAUACCGAAGGCCACAUGCAGCGAUUCCAAGACGACCAAGCAGACGUCGAGACCGGCGAAGUCACGAAUCGCAUCGCCAUCGUAAACCUCGACUGGGACCACGUCAAAUCCACCGACCUCAUGGCCCUCUUCUCCAGCUUCAUCCCGCCCAACUCCGGCCGAAUCCUCAACAUCUCCAUAUACCCCAGCGAGUUUGGCAAGGAGCGCAUGCAGCAGGAAGAGCUCGAGGGCCCGCCAAAGGAACUUUUCAAGAACGAGUCCAAGGACGAGUCCGAUAGCAGCGACGAGGACGCCGAGAGCGACAGCGACAGCGACAGCGAAAGCGGAGACGAAAAGAUCAAGAAGGAGCUCAUGAAGGAGGGCAACGACCAAGACUUUGACAGCGACGCCUUGCGGUCGUACCAGCUGGACCGUUUGCGCUACUACUACGCCGUCAUGGUCUGCUCGAGCCCCGAGACGGCGCAAAAGAUUUACGAGGCGACCGACGGCACAGAAUACCAGUCCUCCUCCAACGUUAUCGACCUGCGCUUCGUUCCGGACGACGUCACCUUUGACGACGAGCCCAGAGACGCUUGCGACAAAGUCCCCAGCACGUACAAGCCCGUCGACUUUGUUACAAAUGCGUUGCAGAGCUCCAAGGUCAAGCUUACCUGGGACAUGCACCCGGAGGAGGCGUCCCGCAAAGACGCCCUCAAGCGAGCGUUCAGCGGAAGCCGAAACGAGUUGGAAGAGAAUGACCUGCGCGCCUACCUGGCCAGCGACACGGAAGACGACGACGAAGAGGAUGAAGUUGCAGCCCCGGGCGAUGAAGCUGCGGUUGCUGCCGAUGAGCCCAAACUGUCAAAGAAGGAACUCGCGCGCAAAAAGAUGCGCGAGGCUCUCGGUCUGACAGAUGAGCCGGCCGCCAAGGCUUCCAAAGAUGGACCUGUCGGAGAGAUGGAGAUCACUUUUGCGCCGGCCCUCGCAGAAAGCAAUGCCAAGGACACUGAGCAGGAAGAGACUACCAUCGAGAAAUACAAGCGCAAGGAGAAGGAGCGCAAGGAACGGAAGCGACUUGCGGCCAAGGCGAAGCGGACAGGCCAGGAGGACGAUGUUGAGGAGACCAAGCCUGAUCGCGCAGAGACCGCCGGCGACGAGCUCGGCUUCGAUGAUCCCUUCUUCACUACUGAGGAUACCGCACCUGUCACCAAGUCAUCCGUACGCAAGGAAGAGCGACUUAAGAAGCGCCAGGCCCGCGAGGCUGCCGAGGCAGAGUCUGCUCAGCAGAAGGCGCAGCUCACCAAGGUCAUGGCUGAGGAUGGUGACGGUGACCAGGCUGACCACCUGGACCACUUUGACAUGAACGAAAUUAUGCGCGCGGAGAAGAAGAAGGGCAAGAAGGGCAAGAAGGGCAAGGGCAAGGGUGGCGAGGAGCGUGGCGGAUUGCAGGAGGACUUUGCCAUGGACGUCGGCGACGACAGAUUCAAGGCAGUCUUUGACAGCCACGAGUUCGCCAUCGACCCCUCCAACCCCAAGUUCAAGGCCACGGGCGGCAUGAAACAGCUGCUGGAAGAGGGGCGGAAGAAGCGGAAGGCCGGUGGCGACAGCGAGGAACGGGGUGGCAAGAAGGCCAAGAAGAACAGGAGGUGA